AUGACGACACAUGUCGAUCAAUUGCCUUCUAUUCGCGUCUUUUCCCCAAAGAACUUUGACACGUGCGAGACGACAGAAGGCAACUACAUGAGUGCAAUUAAGACGAAUAGACUCAAAGUGAUCAAGAAGAGUGAUGAAUGUCCCUUUGCGUCGCAGCAAGAGCGUGUCAUGGUCAGGCUGAAGAACUCUCGAGCGCGUCAGCUUUUGUCCUGCUAG